AUGUAUUAAUCAAAUCAGCCAGGCUAUUCGAUUAAUAUUUAAGUUUAUUGUAAACAAUUAAAUGGACUACGUUAUGGAUAAAGCUAUUAAUUAAUUGUAUUUACUAAGGAUCCUGAUGGGGUUUUUUAAGAAUUCAAAGUAAUUGAUGUACUAUGAAUAUUAAAGAAUAGAAUUAUUCUAAUGAUCAUCAUGUAAUGUUUAAAUUUUAUGGUCUCAAAUAUUUGUUCGAAAUGGUUCAGCCUUUAAAAUUCGAUCUCUAUUUAGGUUAAUAAUUUAUAGGUAUGUUUGAUGUAGUAUGAUAGGAUAAUGCUAAGCGAAUUUGGGUGAAAUAUUAGGAGAUAAACAAAGAGUUUUUUAUUUAUCCGAUUUAAUGAAUCAGAGGAAUGGAAUGAUUUCGUUCAAAACAGAAAGGAGCCAAGAAAAUAUCUAGAAAAUCAAGUUCGACGUAUAUAUUCAUUAAAUGUCUUUAGAUUUACUUAUAACUAAAUAAUUCUCUAUUUUAGUCCUUACUCAGUCUUUUUAAAGAACAAUAGUCCUUGUCAUUGAUUUUAUAUAAAAAGAUACCAAAUAAAUAGGUAAUUCUAUAAACUGAAGCCAAACCUAAAUCAUCAUAAUUGAAUUGGAAAAAAAUUGAGACUUCCUUUGAAAUUCUUUGUGAUAACGAUCCAUUGCAAUCUAUAUUUUGUGAAGGUAAUAAAUUAUAUAAUUCUUAUAGUGAUUCAACAUGAAGGAUUUAAUUAAUAAAGUCUUGGUGAAUUUGAAUUCUGGAAAUAUCAAAUAGAUAAAAAUGUGUGUUUAUUUAAUAUCACCAACCUCAAUAAUGAGAUUAUAGGAAGAUCAAUGAUUGAUUAAUUUGAAUAUGAUAUUGAAGGGCAGUUUUAUAAUUUUAUCUGUAUGUAUAUUUCAUCCAUAUAUUAAUAGAAUAGGGAACUUAAUUAGCUUUGAUUAUUGCAAUUGAUUUUACUGAGAGCAAUAAAAACCCAUACAACAAUGAAUCAUUACAUUCAAUUACAAAGGAAAGUCAAUACUUACAAGCAAUAGAAUAAGUAGCAAAAAUACUGAUGGAUUAUGAUAGCGACAAAAAGGUUCCUAUGUAUGGGUUUGGAGGAGUACCAAGAUAUUUAUAAAAUUAUAAUAAACACUGCUUUCCAUUGUAAGGAGAAGCAUAGAGUUUAGAGGAUAUCAGAAGAAUAUAUGAAUUCUCAGUUAAGAACAUUAAAUUAGAUGGUCCGACUUGUUUUAAUCCUAUGAUUAGAUAGGUGAUGAAAUGGGCACAAGAGGAUUUAAAUGCAAAUGGAAACCAAUACUUCGUAUUAUUGAUUCUAACAGAUGGAAAGUAUAUGGAUGAGGAUUAGACAAUUAUGUCUAUAGUCGAUGCAGGAAAUCUUCCUUUAUCUCUUAUUAUUGUUGGCAUUGGAGACUCGGCCGACUUGAAAGCCAUGGAUAAAUUGGAUGGAAACAAUGGAUUAUGGGAUACUCUUGGAAGAUAAGCAGAAAGGGAUUUAGUUAAAUAUGUUCAUUACAAUAAAGUUAAGAAUGACCAAGGCGAAUUGGCUAAGGAACUAUUAGAUGAAUUACCAAAACAAUUAGUACUCUAUAAGACUAAAAAAAAAUGA